GUCAUCGCUUAAGAAAUGAAAUGAGAAAAUGGCUUGAUCGAUAUAACUUGUUGUAGGCCGCAGACUGGUAGAUCAUCAAACUGAGAACAUGUUUCAAGGCAAUUCUGGAUAGAGUCCAUCGAGAGAUAUCAGAACGGGCAGCUCAUUUCACGACUCUUGUCUGCCAGCAUGACAGAGGCAGUCAACUGAGAAUCUUAAGAUUGGCCUCACCAGCCUGAAUUCGAGCUAAGUAUUUAAGCGAAUACCUAAUGUUUAGUUGCUUUCCUCUGGCUCGAUCGUAUACACAAGGCCAAGGCCUCAGCUGAAAAGCAACGGUCCCAAAACGUGCCUUGGCCGAGCCGAUAGCGGAACACCUUGAUUUGUCAUCGGAUCAAGCUUCAACUUUGUCACGAUCAUGCAUUUGUCCUUUAAAUGAGAAACUCCUUCGCCCUCGAUUUGUAAGCUAAUUGAGUCUUGUUACACGGACGGCCCUUCCCUUUCUUUUCCUCUACACAGAGCUACCUCUCAGGACAGCCAACGCCACCUAAGAUUCGAGGUUCACAAUAAUGAAGGGUAGAAAGAUCGUAAUUUCAGGUGCAGGCCGCGGCCUUGGCCGUGCUUUGGCUAUCGUCGCUGCUUCUCAGGGAGCUACUCCAAUUUUGCUGGGGAGAUCCCAAAGCGCAUUACAAGAAGUCACUGAGACAAUCAAGAGCGACAGCGGUGCAACGGCGUACCCUAUUAUCUGCGAUCUUUCGGACCCAACUUCCGUGGCUAAAGCGACGAAAGAGAUAACUGAGUCUCAUCCCAAUAUCGACAUCUUGGUCAACAAUGGAGCCCAUUUCACUGAAGGCAGCUUCGACAAGCAAACCGAUGAUCAGAUCCUGUCUGUCGUGAACUCAGCUGUCACUGGCACCAUGAUCUUGACACGACAGCUUCUGCCUCUGUUGAAACAACGACCUCGAGCAGACAUUCAUAAUGUCGUGUCUAUGUCUGGCCUUCAGUACGCCAGACUCACCGGUGCUUCACUUCCUUUCAGAGCGGCAAAGGCUGCUCAGGAUGGCUUCACUCAGGGGUUGGUGGAGGAACUGAAAGGUACAUCGGUACGCGUUACUUCAGUUUAUCCUGGAUUGAUUGAGGAUGUAUCGCCCACCAGCGCCGAAUGGCAAAAUCAGCGUGGUUCUGAUGAGGGCAUAACAAACAAGAACGUCGUCGACACGAUUAUCUACGCACUAUCGGCGCCCCCAAACAUGUCCUUACGCUCUAUCGUUAUCGAGCGGACUUUUUCAGACUUCCUGAUUUGAGCAAGAAUACAGUCAGAAAAGAAAAGAGAAAACAACCGAGCCUGAUGCCUCGAGAGAGAUUUUCGACAGGAACAAGCAAUAUUUAUUUGUGAGACUUUGGUGGGAUGAUGUGCUGGGGCAAGAGUUGCUACCAAUAAUAUACCGUUCACAUUGAGGUCAAAAUUUCUUGACAUCUUGGUUCAUACAGUUUCUGUCUAGUGAGGCUAAACUACUUCGUGUCCCUUAAAUGGCUCCGGUAUCCUUUUCUUCCAUGGUUUCCUUUUCCAUCUCCUCUCAAUGCGAAACCCUGAUGAUGUUCGAAGUUUUGAUGCGGCGGAGAGAUCGGUUUUACAACUAGUUCCAGCAUUUUCUGUACCCAGCUGAGAAGUUAGGUCCUUUUCCAGC